CGCAUCUUCAAGAGCCAAGACCCAGCUCGCAAUCCACGGGAAUAAUGUCAACACCUCUCGGCGCCUCAGAAUCCGCACCAAAUGGUGCGGCACCCUUUCAACACACCUAUUUCCACACUCAGCGCGCCCACCUCGUCAACGAAAUCGCCGCGGCACUGGACUCAACACUGACGCACCUCAACCGUCUGAACCGCUCCCUCGAGUCGGUGAUCAGCAUCGGCAACGAGUUCAGCAAUGUGGAAGCGCUGUGGUCGCAGUUUGAGGGCGUGAUGGGAAGCAAUAAUAACGGCAGCAGCAGCAAUUCUGGCGCCGCGGAGAAGGUUAGCCCUGCGGAUGCGGAGCAACAGGUCGCAGAAGGGGGAGGAGAGGAAGAGAAAUCAAGCGCAUUGGAGACGCCACCCAUCGUGCGAACGGGCUUUGCGGGGAGCGGCGGAAGGGAAAGAUGACGCAUCGGAGCAACGGAAACCGGACUUUAUGAAAGAAUAAAAGAAGCAUAGUGUAUUUGACGAUACCCAGACACGUACCAGACUGCGGCAUGGUGCGUGUAUACAAAUAAUCGAUUUUUGCUUUGGUGUUGAAGCUAUGCCCAAACGCCCUUCUUCAUCUUUCACGCAGCAAGCGUGUGCAACG